AUGUCUCGGUUUGGGGUAUUUUAUGAAGGUGUUCGAUGGGAUAUACCUAGUGAAGGAGGAUCAGCAUGUCUUUCCUACUUAUCCAUGUCACAACGAUUUUUCGAAACGUUAUUUUUUACCAUUGUCUACGGAAGCUUGUUAUUAUGGUGCAUUCCAAGAUUGAAACUUCCAUUUGACAAAAAACACUCCUCUUCGAAUCACUUGAACUGGCUUAAACUGUUUUACUGCUUAAUUUUUGGGGUUGAAAUAGGCUAUAAACUUACAGCACGAUCUCUGAUAUUCAUUUUCAAUCCUUGCCAUGCAAUUACUGCAAUUCAGAUCUGGCUUCUUUUUGCAAAACCGAGUUCUUUCAUUACUGCUGUUUUUCGCUUGCACCUGCAUGGCAUUAAUGGAACGCUUUUGGCUCUUAUAUUACCGACAACUGGUACAAGAACUCCGAUACUUCGGGUCAUCUAUUUCGUGCAGCAUAUUCUCAUUCUCCUCAUUCCAGCCUCUAUUUUGGAUCAAAACUCUGUCUAUUCAAUCGAACCAUUUGGUGAUUUUCACUGGGUUCUCACUUCAAUGGCCAUUCAAGUUCUCUACCAUUUUCUCUUACUGCAGCCAAUGGGAAUGUUAUCCCAUGCAAAUUUAAACCAAAUGCUUUGCCCUUCACUUUCGGAUCCAUUUGCUGGGCCAUACUAUCGUAUUGCGGCUAUGAUCCACCAACCGCUCUUAAUUCUUUUUAUCGGCAAGCUUUAUUCAAUUAUAGUUCUAUGGCUUCAGCAAGUCAUCAAGUCACCAAAUUUCAUCAAACCUCUCAUUUCUUCCUUCCAUUGGUUGCCGGGAUUAGCUAUCAUUUUGGAUAAUCCAGACAAAACCACUCCUCAAGCCAUGGUUUGCGAGAAAACAGAGGAGAGAAGACCACAGUCACUAAAGGAGCUUUUCCAAACACAGAGAAGUCGUUGCGAAAGUGCUGAUGAAGAGCGCUGUCAGUAA